UCUCUCUCUUUGUCACCUCCAGCGUUUCUCUGUUAUCAUACACCUCCCCAAACUCUCUGGUUCCUUAGAACAUUUCGCUGCUCACAGCGGUGGUAUAUGCGCAUAACGCCGGAAGUCCCGAAUUUUCCAGAGCCUCGAAAAUACAUAUUGAUUUCGUAAAUCGUGCGCGAAGUGAAAUAGACUCUUUAUAUCAAACGAAUAAAUUUAUUCCCACGUAAUUUAUUUAUCGUCUCAAUUGUUUAUCUUCACGAAGAAACAAGGAAAAUACAAUGAACAGUCAAAAUAAGAAAUCGAUUAGAAAUCCAGAGGACGACGAUGCCAGCAGAACCGGGCCUCUGACCCUUGAGGAAGCAACAAUUACGGGGCCAAUUACUUCAGCGGCGGAUCAAUCGAGAAAACCUGAGAACCUCCAGAGCCUGUUAAAAUUCGCAUUAGAGGCUAUCGACUGUUAUGAUCCCCUUCAGGAAACUUAUUUCGCUCCAAUGGAGGACGAGAGAAAAAAGUUCCUGAACGAAGCAUUGAACUCGCUGACAGUGAGCAUGGUCAAAGAAAUCCAGAAAUCCAUAAGAAUAUUGCGAAAGGUACCAAAACUGAGUCCAGAAGACGAUCCGAGUGAAUACGAAAAUGCCCUCGAGAUGAUAACUGAAAACGUCGACGACAUAGAUAUUGCAAGAGAUUUCUACAAAGUUGGUGGCUUCCGUAUCCUCAAGCCAUGCUUGAAUUCACCUCAUGCCUCCAUCAGGUGGAAAGCUGCUGACCUUAUUGCUGCGUUGUCACAGAACGCACUGUUUUGUCAGAACGAAAUUGUUCAAAUGGACAUCCUGCCUAUUCUACUGAACAUGGUUGACUCGGAUUCCUCAGAUCAGGCGAGGAUCAAGUCACUCUAUGCAGUCUCCUGCACUGUCAGGGGUAGUAAACUUGCUCUACUAGCCAUGAAAGAUAUCGAUGGAUAUUCAACAUUGAUGAAAGCUCUUCAGAGCCCAGUGGAGAAACUAAAAAUUAAAGCAGCAUUUUUACUCUCUUCGCUAUGCAAUGGAGAAGAAGCGGAACCGCUUCGAAUGAAGCUAAUUGAUGAGGGAUUGAUUGAACAGACCAUUGAGUUAUUAUCAGUCCCAGAUGUCUCCCCUGAGGCCAGAGAUCGCCUAUUGGAUGUUCUGAAGAGCCUCACCAACGACACCUAUUUCACUGCCCUCACAAAGUGUAGGAAACCUGAGUUAUGUCUCAGGGAAACCCUGGAGCGGCACCUGGCUGACUUGAGAGCUGAAGGAGCGCGUAAUGAGGCUGAAGCUUGUCAAGAAUUACUUUAUGACAUAUUUCCUGAUCAUUACUUCAAAGAAGAGAUACUUGCAUUUCAAUGAUAUUCUUUUAAUAUUUUAAGAUUAACACCCUGUUUUUUCGUGUAUUUGGAGAAUAAAUAAUUACAUGUAACAAUU